AGUUUCGUAUAGUUUUUGAAGAUUAAGGAGCCUUGGGCUUUCCACUUCAAAAUAAUAGUACGUGCACAAAUAUAACAAACGAACACGGUGGGAAAAUGAAGUCGAUUCUAAUAUUGGCUCUACCAAUUCUGUUAGGAUUGGCGGGUGCUGAUGAAACGGAAAAUGGUCCUCAAGCCCCUUUAGUUCAGACUCUGUCGCCGGAGACGACAACCCAGUCGGAAUACAUCAUGUUUGUGAAGCCAGCGAAGAAAAAUCAUACUGCCAUUGGUGUGAAGAAUUUGGCCGAUUCCUUGUCCAGUGCCGCCGAUCCACUGUCCUGGCAACUGAGCCAUCUGCCGCGCCAACUGAAGCUCACCUUCAUCCGCUUCAAGCGCGACGUGGAGGCCAGUUGGUCGCACGGCAGGAUCCAGCCCAGAAUCUGGCCACCGUUCUACGAGGUCAGAGACGAGUCUCUUAUAAACUUUUCAAAGAAUGGAACAGCUCCUCCAAAGCCCGGCUACUUCAAGCUGAUGUUUGUGAUUAUCCAUCAUCUAUGGAAGGACUCCUCAAAAUACAAACUCGGCCAACUGAUGAAAGGAAAUUUCGAUGGGGGUAAUGAUGAUCGCAAAGGAGUGGAACGGGGAUGAUAUAUUUCUGAGAAAGCAGUUUCGUUUAUUUGAAAUUCAAUUUUAAACCAAGACAGGAAGAAACUGGAGCGCCAAAAUCAAAAUUUAGAAAAUAAUUUAGAAUUAAGAAUUUAGAAGAGAAUCCAGAGUAGAGUUUUCAAAAUCAAAAUAGAAAGUUAAGAAAACCAUUCGAAAACAAGAGAGCUGGCAUAUUCCAAAGAAAAUAAAAAACAGAUAAGGUACAUUUAUAAUA